AUGAAUAAGACUAUUGCUGAUUCUGCUGAGGUUUGCAAGACCAUGACCGAAAAAGUCAAUAAACUAAUUGCUGACACUACUAAUUUCAUGGAGAACUUCCAAACCACUUUUAACUCCAAUACCAUUGUAGAAAAUGAAACUUUGAAGAGUCUGGGAUGUCUCUUCAAAACCGUGAAGACGAAGUUGCAAGAGAUUUGCACGGGUCUGAAAACUGACCAUGAAGUGUUUCAAACCUCUAUUUCGUCUCAAAUCUUAAAGCUUCAAGAAGAACUAGCACCGAGAAUGAUCUCAAGGACUCUCUUGCUAUCAAGACCGAAGAAGUCAAGGAGUCAAGUGUCAAUCUGA